AUGCAGCUCCCCCUCCUCCUCCUCCUCGUAACCCUCACGACCCUCUCCUCCGUCACCGCCCGCGGCCCCCCGCCAUCCCACCACGCCAGCAUCACCCCGCGUAACCCCCACGCUAACCCCUACGCCGCCCCCGUCCCUGUCCCUGUCCCCGGCGCCGGCACGCUCCUCCGCCGAGCCCCAGCCCCCGGCAUCCCACUAUACAAGAAAGGGCGCUCGCGCAGCCCCUCCCCUCGCGGCCGCGCCUCCUCCCCCCGUCCCAAGGCGGGCAGCAGCUCGCGCUCACGGUCCGGGACGCGGCAGCGCAGUGCGUCGCGCCGCGUCGGCUCCCAGAGCGCCCGCCGCCCGGUGUCCGCCGCGCGGCGUACAAGGGCGGGCGGCGCGGCGGGGACGAGGGCGCCGCCGAGCUUGCAGAGGGAGAAUCAGGAUCCGCAGAGGUUGGCGGGGAUGGUGGCGGAGGGGGGUGGCGCGGGAGGGAGUGGUGCGGUGGGAGGGAGUGGCGCCGCUGGAGGGAGUGGUGCGGCGGGAGGUAGUGGUGCCGCGGGGGGGAAUGGUGGGAGUGCCAGGAGGGUGGGGGAGAGGAGGGUGCCGACGUUGGGGAGGGAGGAUGCCACGGUGGGGCAGAGGUAG